AUGGAUGGAACACGAAAGGGAAAUAAGCAGCGGACGGCCAAAAUCUCAUACUACCUACGCGCGACGGUACAGGGCGAAGGACGGGGCCCUGUACGAAACUGCUUUUGGGAUGGAUGGAUGGAAGAAAUGAACGACCUGAUGAUUGUUUCCACAAGAAUGUGGCUAUCGUCGUGA